UUCUCGAUGCCUUUAUUGGCCUCAUCGGCUGUGGCAGGGCGCAGGAUGGACUAGUGGGAACAGAAACAUUAUGGCUGCCAGUCUUUCCUUAACUCAGCUUUCGAGUGGGAACCCUGUGUACGACAAGUACUAUCGACAAGUCGAUCCAUCUAGCAGUGGGCGAGUAGGAGCCACUGACGCGGCCUUGUUCUUGAAAAGGUCUGGGCUUUCAGACCUUGUCCUUGGCAAGAUAUGGGACUUGGCAGAUUCAGAACGCAAAGGCUUUCUGAACAAACAGCAAUUUUUCGUUGCACUGCGUUUAGUGGCUUGUGCUCAGAAUGGCCUUGAGGUUGCCCACAAAAGCCUCAGCGUGGCUGUGCCUCCACCCCAGUUUCACGACACAACCAGUCCUCUCCUCCCUGCGGGCGUGCCUAUUGAUACUCCAUGGAUGGUCAAGCCAGAGGAGAAGCUGAAAUUCGAUGCCAUCUUCGACAGUCUCACGCCGGUGGGUGGCAUGCUCACAGGCGACAAGGUCAAACCAGUGCUGCUGAACUCCAAGCUCCCUGUCGAUGUACUGGGAAGGGUUUGGGAGCUUAGUGAUAUAGACAGAGAUGGGAUGCUGGAUAAAGAUGAGUUUGCAGUGGCUAUGUAUUUGGUGUACAGAGCUCUUGAGAAUGAGCCUGUGCCCAUGGUUCUGUCUCCUGCACUGGUUCCACCCUCCAAAAGGAAAAAAGUGAAUUCACCUUCUGUCAUGCCACUCCUCCCUUCACCGCCAUUAGUCAGAGAAAGGAGUUCCACCCACUCUGGUUCUCAAGCAUUGCCAACUAAGCCCACACCUCCACAGUGGGUUGUGUCUGCUGGUGAUAAAGCUAAGUAUGACGAGUUGUUCACGAAGACCGACAGUGAUCUGGAUGGGUUAGUGUCUGGGCCGGAGGUGAGAGACAUCUUUUUAAAGACGGGACUGCCAUCUGCCACACUUGCUCGCAUAUGGGAGCUGUGUGACAUUGGCGACAUUGGGAAACUGACCAGAGAGCAGUUUGCAUUGGCUCUCUAUUUAAUCAAUCAGAAGCUUUCCAAAGGCAUUGACCCACCCCAAGCUCUCUCUCCGGAGAUGAUCCCUCCCUCUGACAGGUUAUCACGGCAGAAUAGUGCUUUAUCAUGUCAGGCUGCAGACUUCUCUGCCAUUAAAGAGUUGGACUCCCUCAGUAAUGAGAUUAUGGACCUGCAGAGGGAGAAAAGCUCUGUGGAACAGGAGAUCAAGGAGAAGGAAGAGAGCGUAAGGCAGAGGACCAACGAGGUGCAGGACCUGCAGGAUGACGUGCAGAAAGAGAGCGAGGAAUUGCGUAAGCUACAGGCAGAGCGUCAGGAGGUGCAGGAAGCGCUGGAGAGACUGGAUGAGCAAAAGUUGUCCCUAGAGGAGCAGCUCAAGCACAUACGCCAGCAGUGCAGUCAAGAGAACCAGCUGAUCCAGUCUCUGCAUGCGGAGCACUCUGAGCAGGAACAGAGGAUAGGAGACUAUGAGGAGGAGUUGGUGAGGGCGCGAGAGGAGCUACUUUGUCUUCAGGAACAGACCCGCACUCUGGGGGAGAAAGUGCGCUCAGCCCGUGCUCAGCUCUGCCCCUUACAGGACGCGGUUUCAGAGUCUCACACGCAAAUUGCACAGAUGCAGGAACGACUGGCUGAACUAAAGACAGAAGAGCGAGAGGUAGCAGCCCAGCUUACUUGGAAGGUCUUAGUCGAGGAGCCUCCACUUGUCAACGGAGCAGCACCCCCUUCUGAAGAGCCCAAGCCACUACAGUGGCCACAGCCCACAGAACAGCCAGCAAAGAAACCAGAAAAUGAGGAGGAAGAAGAAGAGGAGGAGGAGGAAGAAGAGCUGACUCCUACAGACAAGCUGCAGGAACUGAAGGUGACUGAAGAGCAGAUUGAGGAAGAAUCAGCAGAAUUUGAGCCUAAAGUUGAUCCUGUGGACGAUCUCUUCACCAACAUGAUGCCCACAUCCAGCACUCUUACAGCAGCUUGGCCUCAGAAUGAUACGGAAAGUCCUUCACCUGCUGUCGAGUGGGAGCUUAAGGGAGUGGAAAUGAAACCGCAGGUCAGCACCACAAAGGUGGAGUCUCCAGUUCCAGAGCAGAAGGAGGAGUCCUCCCAGCCCACAAAUGCUCCUACCGAGAGCUCCGUAUCUGUCCCUGCCGUCGACUUCUUUCCAUCUGAUCCCUUCGUUGAUAGUGACCCUUUCAAAAGCGAUGAUCUGUUCUCAAAAGGCAUUUCGGAUCCAUUCAGCAGUGACCCUUUCAAAGGCACAGACCCGUUUGCUGGCACUGACUCCUUCUUCAAACAGUCUUCCUCAACCACAUUCUCCUCAGAAGAUCCUUUUGCUUCUUCAGACCCGUUCAGCUCAAACGCAGGCUCUGGAGAACCAGACCUGUUCUCUUCCCACCUUAACAACACGGCUGCAUCUGAUCCAUUCUCGAAAUCGAAUGCAGUGGCAACAGAUCCGUUUAGUUCUAGCAGUGGCAGCACACCAUUUACUUCCAAAAUGGGUGACCUUGAUGACUCUGAUCCAUUCAGUUCAGCAGCCGGGACAGGGAAUGACCCAUUCAUGGGGUCAGAGCUGUCAUCAAAGGAAACCCCAGCAGUUGCUAAUGACCCAUUUGCUCCUGGAGGAACAGUGGUGAAUGCUGACUCUGACCCUGAUCCCUUUGCUACAGUAUUUGGUCCUGGUACAGAGUCAUUUGUAGGAGGUUUUGCAGACUUUAGGAAUUUGGAAAAGUCUAAUGAUGCAGACAACUUUGCCUCAUCAAGCUCACAUAAUAAGAAUCUAUUUAAGGAAGAAAACCAGUCAGAUGUGCCUCCUGCAUUACCACCCAAAACUGGCACGCCUACCAGACCACCUCCUCCUCCACCAGGUAAGCGGUUGAACAUCUACCGAUCAGAAUCCUCAGACUCGGUUCAGCGGCGUGGAAUGGGGGAGUUUUCCUCCCUCCCUGCUAAAGACACUGUGCCAGACCCUUUCGCUCCCUCUGCCCCCUCCCAAGUCCCGCGUGAGCCUGACCGAUUUGCCACCUUUGACAAAUACCCCACAGAAGAGGACAUGAUCGAAUGGGCAAAGAGGGAGAGUGAGCGAGAGGAGAGGGAGCGUGUGGCCCGACUCACCCAGCAGGAGCAGGAGGAUCUGGAGCUUGCCAUCGCGCUCAGCAAGUCAGAACUCUCCUGACCUGAACCGGCCCCAAACCACACUGCCGAGGAAGAAGAGGAAAGGAUGAAGCGCUAUGCUUACGGGUGCUGGGAUUUCACAAUCCCGUUAGUUUUACUACAGUCCAAAUUUCUCCUCCUCCCAGGUUCUUAUUCACUACCCAUCAGUACGUCAUCUCACUCCGUAUUGCCAGUGACUCUUCUGAAAACAGUGUGGGUCUGGGGGAGAAUUGGUGUGAAGGACUAAACAUAACCCCCUGUGUGUUACUUUCAGCUGUUUUUCGCUCCCUUCCUUCCCUUGUGUUUUAAAACCGGUCAACUUCAUACAUUUCUAACUCAAACAUUUGACACAAUGAAGUGUCACUGGCACGUUGACACGUUUUCCCUGUUUGCUAUUCUUCUUGUCAGUGGAAUAUGCAAAUGUAUAUGGUUCAAGUGCAAAUAUGUGAAACAGUUGACAGGUUUCACGUUAAUAAGCAAAGCUCAGCCGUUUUAACUGAGCAGGGAUGUUUGUGUGUGCGUGCGCACGUGUAUGAUGUGAUAAAUUUGAGCAUUGUGAGGUUAAAAUAUCAGUGAAAGUUCCCUGGACAGAAAUACAAAAUUAGUGUUAAGUUACUUUUUAUAGUAAGGGACAUGAAUUUGGAUGUCUUUCAUAAUCUUUCAUUAAAAAAAAAAAUCCAAUUAUGUUAUGACAAAGACGGGUGUUGCUCUAUAAUCAGUGCUCACUAUUUUGGUGUGUUGUGUGCCUAGAAGUUAUUUUUCUAUUUGGGUGCCUGUUUAUAAAUUGGUUUAGGCCAAGCAGGCCAGAAUCCAGUACGUUUUGAGCAAUUAAAUCACACCUAAAGAUGUGUCUGUACUGGACUCUGACUCUUAUGAACUGGAGUUAGAACCCCUGCUUUAGUGUACAAAAGUAGUGUUGAAGCCAGGGCCCAUCACUGACUUUUUAUAGGAUUCUGUUUAGCAGAACACACACUCAAACACUUGAUUGAAAUCAUUGUUAAGGUAAAAGCUCAAAGUAGUUCUUGUGCCAGACGUUUGCCUCACAUAUACCAUUCAAAACCCAAUUAGAGUAUCUUCAGAAUUGAAAUAACCAGCUUUAGGGGGAUUAUUGGUUUCCGAUUUUUUUUAAUAGUCCUUCCUGCAUCUGAGAAUUUGAAGAAAAAAAAACUACAGUAUAUAAAUGUGUAUAUGUAUGUAAGAAAAUGUAAUUGUACUGUAUACUAUAUGCAUUCUCUAAUCAGAUUCUUCACACACAAUAUUAGCAAAGUCUCCUGGUGAGAAUGCAGAAGACGACACUAUUGUCAGAGUAGAGCAUGGAACAAUUUAAAGAAUUUUUAAAGAAUAUAUACAUAUACAAAACACAAUAAACACAGUCAGUAAUUGGUUUCCAGUGCCUAAAACCAAGAAAAAUCUUCUAUUGGGAAAUGCCUGUAAUUUAUCGAUUUCUCUAAACCUUAAUAAAUGUAAAUUACUAAAGGCUAAUAGAAGGAAUUAUUGUGCAAUAUGUCUAAGACUGUCAAAUUAAGGGUAAGUUUUCCUCUGACAUCAGAGUGGCAAUUUUUUUUUUUUUUAAACCACUAAACAUUUCCAAAAUGUGAUAGAUUCACCCUUGACAAUUUAAGCAUUGUGGUCAUUAAUUUUCAAUUUUUUGUUUCUCUUUAAUUGGAUAUUAUGGAAUUAUGCCUUUGUGCCAUUUCAGUCGAUUAUAAAUGGGUCACUUUACUUGAACAUGGAGAAAUUCUGUAGCACUGUUUUUUGCAUUUUAAACCGUCCUCUGUGCUUUGUCCUUUGGGUCUGACCUCAAGGCUACUUUCUAAAGUCUUGAGUGAAGUGACCAUGAGAACAAUAUCAUACAUUUCUGGACAAUACACUCUCAGAAAUUAAAGUACGUUAUUGUACCUUUUAUAGGGGUACGAUGGCUUGUCACUGGGGCAGUACCCUUGAAGGUAUUUAUUUGUACCCUUUGUAUACUGCUUAGGAACACGUGUAUAUACCUUUUUGGCCCAAAAAAGGUACAAAUAGUUACCCUGAGAUCUAAUAGCCCUAAGGGGUACAUUAGUGUGACUUGUACUUUGGGGGACAGAAAUGGACGCCUACUGUACCCCUAUUUCUAACGGUGUAGAUGCACUUUGUCACUUAGAUUUGACACAUGAAAGCAUUGCUCUCAGUGAAUUGUAUCAGAAAAAAGCCUUCAGUUUUUUUUUACUUUUCAAAUGUUAUUAGCUCAACAAUGUCCUUUUGAUUCAAAUAUUUCCAUAAGAGUGAAUAUGCCAGUCUUUAUAGAAAAAACGAAGGUAGAUGUGUUUUUUUUUUUUUUUUAAAUCAAAGCACAAGUUAACCUGGCACACAGUUUUCUGACCAAUACAACAUUUGCCUCCCAGCUGGUAAAUGUUUUAUGAGCAUUACGGACACAGCAUUAUACUCUCUAAACCAGAUUUAAGUAUUGCUUUAGCACUCUGUUUUAAGGAAAGAUUUGGGUUUCUGCUUCUGAGUCCUGUUAAAAUGAUCUGUGCUUUUGCAUAUGUAUGUUAUGUAUGUAUGUAUGUAUGUACAGGCCUUUAACGCGCCUGAUCCAAAACCACUUAUAUAUUGCCGUUCUCCAGGCUUUUUUAAAACUGGCUUAAUGUAUUUUAUUUUUUUAACUUUACAGAAUGUGUCCCUUUUAACAAGACAAAUGUUUAAAGAUGUUAAGUAACAUGUAAUUAACUCUAAAGAAUAAAUAUGACACUUUACAAGCA